AUGCCCGACCUGUUCACGAGCCUGCGGUACCCGUCGGUCGAGGAGACGCUCCGCAAUAACGCAUCGCUGCUCAUCAAGCAAAAACGGCUUUUCCUCGCUGAUUUGCGCACGCUCAUGGGCACCCUGGGCUGUGCGCUCAUAGGCAUCCUCUAUCUACGAGACAUGUCCAUUCUCCUCUUUUGUUUGCGGGCCACCGUGCAGUUCUUGCUCUCCAGCCCGUACGCCGCCCAUUUCAACUACGGGACCCUGCUCCAGGAAGAGGCACGCAAGGAACAACGGUGGUUUCUCUUUUGGAGCGUGGUGCUCGUCAAUGGUGUUUCGUUUCUCGACCACUUGAUUCUCGGCACGUACCGCACCAGCAGCGCCGGCGACAGGCAGCUCCAUGGCAGCUGGACCGUGCAGUUCAUUGGCGAGCGGCUCCCGCGGGGCAGGAGCGAGUUGGUGGUGUUUGACGGUCUCAUCGUGGUGAUGCAGCUGGUCUACUUCUGUCUUAUGUGCACCACCAGCGACCUGGCCGUGCUCCAGGGCCCCCUGGCGGACUUGAGCCUCAAGGACGAGGCGGUGCUGCUGGACGUGGUUUCCGACGGCUUCGACGGCAAUGUGCAUAUCUUGACUGUGGACGUCUGGGAGGGCGUCCGGGCCCUGUGGCGGUACGACCGGCAUCCCGAGAACCGGGACGUCCAGGAAUUGCGGUCUAUGCGGGAGCAGGCUCUCCGGCGGAUAUUGGUGUGA